AACCGUGCUCGCCGUGAAAUCAUUCGCCGACGAGUCGCAGAGUGGAGCAAAGGUCUCUAGCGGAAACGGAAAUCAGCAAAUCACCAAAUCAGGAAAUCACCAGCUAAUUAGAGAGAACGAAAAUGAACAAAGAGUUCAUCACGCAGGGCGGCACGCCCAUUACCGCCGAAUUGGCCACGGAUCUGCGCAAUUUGGUUUUCGGUACCGCAGCAAUACCCAUGAGAGCCGAAUGGCUGCAGACGUCCUUUGUGUUUGGUGCUCCCAAGGAGGAGCUCGCCUACGGGCUCCGUUCGCCCCGGAACGCCACCCGUGGCCUGUUGUCCGUCGUCCAGGGAUUCGUCUUGAAGUAUCUGCUCUUUGCCCGGAAGACCAGUCGCGUGGCUUCGCUUACCGACCCGCUCCUGGCCACCGCCGAUAUGCAGAGGGAGGCCCUGUUCUGCGCCCUCCUGGAGAUCCUGCGCACCAUCUCGGACAAGGGCAAGGUCACCAUGGUGCUGCCGUCGGAGGACGAGGUGUUCGUGGACCACAGCGCCUGCUAUUUCCAUGAUUCCGUCACCGAGAAGCUCUAUGUUUUCACGCUGUCACCCAACGACGAGUUGGAAUACUUUCUGAAGCGAAAUUUCAAAUACUUUACAGAAGAGGAGACCCCGGGCACCCUGCUGUUUCUAUAUAGCGCCGUCCUCACGCGAUCCAUGGGAAAAGUUCGAACGGACCUGGACUCCGCCAAAUCCUCGCCCCUGACGUCCAGCAACCACGAGGAGGGAUCCCUGAUGAUUGUCACCCUGCUGCUGACGGGUCGUGCCACGCCCUAUAUCCACAAUGGUGUUGUGAAUGUGGGCGACGAGAGUAGCUAUGCGGUUCCGCAAUACGGCGUCCUUAAGAGAUGCAUGAUUGGUCUUCUGCUCUGGGACAUCGAGUCAGCUAGUGCUGCGGUAAAUCAAUCCCGUCAGCCGGGCUCGCGACUCAAGACGCCCAACUAUCCCAUCUGGAUAACCAGCUGCACGGGCCACUUUGGCGUGAUCUUCAACAAGAAUCCGGAUCUGCUGCGCAACUACCAUGCGGAGUCGCGUUUCGAAGUGAACUACUACAGCUGCUCCGGUCACCAGAUCCUGAUGACCAUCGACAAUCGCACGUACAACGAGCAGGCAUUGGUCAUGUUGGAGCGGCAACCAAUCACGCCGGAGAGUACCUCGAUGUCCGGAAAGGAGGAUGGCGGUGGCGCAUCGUCGCCAACGGCCGUUUCCGGUGGAGGAGGUGCUGGUGCCGGCGGCGGUAUGGGUGGCGCUAGCGGCGGUGUUGGUGGUGCUGCUAGUGGCGCUAGCGGUGGUAACGAUGUGGUCGCCAAGGAGGAGUCGACGCUCAACACGCCGUUGCAGCGUCUGAUUCGUACCAAGUGGGAAGAGGCAACUAUAAGCUUUCACGUGCAGCCAUCGAUGUUGAGUUAUCUUUUUAGUACCACACAGUAGAAGGCAGGAUCCGAUUUGCUUUAGGAACUCCUUUGCUCAAGUCAGAACGAUUCACAUUCAAGUGCAAGAGAUGUCAUCCAAAGUUAUUAGUAGGCUUACAAAUUGUUAUCUCUUAUCUAAAACCUUUAUAAUAGUUUUUAAAGAAGAUUAGUUGGGUUUUUUUAAUUUUAGAAAGUACAAAUUAAUGUUAUUUUGCCCACUAGAAGAUAAAUAUGAAUUUUAACGUGUAAAGUUGAGAUCAAAUUAGUUUUUUAUCAGCUGAAGAAAAUGGAUAAAGACAUUCCAUUAUUAAUUUCUUUAUUUUUUAAAUAUGAUGCAUAUUAUUGUUUAAUUCACCCACUUUAUUGAUCACCAAGCAUGUAAGCUUGUCAUGUUGUCUCUUGGUCUAUGAUAUAAAUCGACUUUCUUGGCGAGUGACCAAUGCACAAAUGAAUUAAAACUGCUCAAGGAAUCCUCUUUUAAAUAAGAACGGUUUUAAUUCGCCAACCAAACAAGUAAGUUUCAAAAACAAGUAGCGAACAAUAAGAACGUCAACUAAUAUAACCAGAAAAUGGAGUUUGAAUAUUUAUAAAAAUCUCUUUCCAAUCUUUUCGCAUAGUACUAAUAUUAUAAGAGUAAUUAAAUGCAUAAUAUCUAUCAUUAUAGCAGAGAUAGGGUUUUGAAAAGCCCCAGAAAUCGUAUAGAUUUAAGCACUUAACAGAUUAGUGCCACAUAUUGUAAGCUUGUUAGACGAUGCACGAGAUUAUAAUUUAACUAGCACAAUGAGUCUUAGAAUUCUACUGUUGCUACCUUUCCGAUGGAAAAUCCGAAUCGGUAUUUCAAAAAGAUACGAACGUUUGACAUUUCAAGCCUCGAACCAAAACGGCGAUGGUAAAUACACGUAAAAUAUUCCAAAUAUCUGAUCGAAUGCCAACGAGCAAAGGCAGAUUUAUGAUGAAAUGAGGCCACUUGAUGAGGCCAUCAGAAAUCUGCCUGGAUGAGGCCUCCCUUUACGAGAAGAGCGACUGCAGGACUCUAAACCAGUUGAUUGAUGCUGCCGCCUGA